AUGGCGAUCAAGCUCCUCAUCGUCACCUUCCUGGUAUGCGCCCUUAACGUUGCCGGAGCAAGAACGAAGGCGUCACCUCCAACUCCAAGAAACGGAACUAUUUCACCUCCUCCGCCUCCCCCUCCAAGAAACGGCACUGUUUCGCCUCCUCCGCCUGUAGCAGGUGGAGGUCCGACGAACUGUUCCGAUGAAUUGGUGGUCUUCUCAAACUGCCUGUCCUACAUUUCCUCUUCUCCAAACAACACGACUACUAAACCCAGCCUCCUAGGAUUUCCGGUCAAUUCCACCAAGAUCCUCUCUCUUUCCUCUCGGUGUCCAGUCAUUGACCACGGAACCAAGGCUAAUUUCUCGAUCAAAGCACUCUGUUCCGGCGUACAUACUCUGCCUCCUUUGUCAAGCAUUAUUCCGAUCGCCCUAAACCACGCAUUUCAGGUCCUGCACCCAUACCCACAGUCCCACAGAUCUCUGUGUGGAAAUGCAUUAGGCAUCUUUAUGUGCGCCAUUGAUGCUUCAUCUUCUAGUCCAGUUAAUCGUUCUCUGCUGCCUCCUGGGAUGAACUUGACUCAGGAGUCUACUGCUUCUUCAGGCACUCGAGGACAUGCUGAUAACCAAUCUGAUAUAAGCAAUCAAGGACAUGCUGAUCGCGAGGAACAUCCAGCACCAGCUUUUCAAGUCUUCCCAGCAUGGAGAACAUUUAGUAUUAACAAAGCAGAUGCAAAUCCAGCUGGCUUUCCCCUUUCAUGGUGCCUUUUUGGUCAUGUUGUUGCUAGCAUAUUCACAGGAUUGUAUGUAGCUUAUUAA